GAGUUCAGUUUACCUUCAUUCCUCAUGCGCUUAUCCUUCGCGUUGUCCCUGCCUUCGAAAGAGCAUUUGGACGAAGGGCAGACCACCUGCACUUCGGGGAAAAACGGAUACUUUUGCAGAUAAACAUUUCAUGUUGCUUAAUUUGAAUGGAAGAAGGCGCUAUCAAGUCAAGUGGUGUCUAACCUACCAUCAAACAGAACGGCCUCGUCUCGCGCUCAAGUCUAUCUCGUUUGCUACUUCCUUAUAGUUAGCUAACGUUAGAUAGAAAUGACAAGGAUUUGAACUCUAGCCAGCGGUAGGUCUAAGUUAGCUAGCUAACUGAAAACGCAGUUACAUUUAAACAUUUUGAAUAGUCAACGUGGCUUAUAUUUUAAAGUAGUUUCUAACGAGUUGGAUAGCUGAUGUCGCUAACGUUAGCUAGCUGCUAUCUCGUUUCUUUGGGUUCCACUGCCUGGAAAUAUUGCUUGAAUUUGCAACCAGCUAACGUUAGCUACUAAGUUUGACAGUUAGCUAGCUGUCAUUUUUUAAAAUCUCAGUUACUGUAUUGCUUUCUUAUGCAUUACUCGAGUUAGUCGACUUCUAAAGUAGCUAGGAGGCUAAAGAAGCAUCCUCAAACAAGGAAGUCAUAAUUAACUAUGCCAGCUGUACGAUUGUUUUUGUGCAAGACCAUGCAAUGAGAGCGUGACUCACUGGAGGCUUGUUUGCAUUGUACGUAGUAGUUUGAGCUGCAGUGGACACGAGCAAAUAGCACAAUUUACCCUAAAUACCAGUAUUCGCAGCUUUGCCAUCUUUUGUCCCGUAUUUCGAAAUUUAGGAUAGAUAGCUAGCCAGCUGACUCGAGGGCAAAAUGAUUCCAGACAAAGCACCGAAGGAGGACGUAUUUCAUGCAGGAGGAGACUUGAAGAAGGAUGCUCAUGUACCCAACUUUGAGAAGUACAAAGAACUCUACCUGAAGUCUAUUGAACAUUCAGAUGAGUUCUGGGGUGACAUUGCAAAAGACUUCUACUGGAAGUCGAAGCACACAGGCCAGUUCAUGGACUACAACUUUGACGUGACGAAGGGGGAGAUCUACAUCAAGUGCAUGGAGGGGGCCACCACCAACAUCUGCUACAACGUCCUGGACCGUAACGUUCAUGAGAGGAGGCUAGGGGACAAAGUGGCAUUCUACUGGGAAGGGAACGAGCCUGGCGAUGAGAUGACGGUGACAUACAGAGAGCUGCUCCAGCAGGUUUGCCAGUUUGCCAACGUGCUCAAGUCCCAGGGGGUGAAGAAGGGCGACCGCGUGUCCAUCUACAUGCCCAUGGUUGUGGAGCUGGUGGUGGCCAUGCUGGCCUGUGUCCGCAUCGGGGCCGUGCACUCAAUCGUGUUUGCUGGCUUUUCGGCAGAGUCGCUGUGCGAGAGGAUCCUGGACUCCCAGUGCUCAUUGCUGAUCACGGCCGAUGGCUUCUACAGAGGAGAUAAGCUCAUCAACCUGAAGGUGAUCGCUGACGACGCGCUGCAGAAAUGCAAGGACAAGAGUUUCCUAGUACAGAGGUGUAUCAUGCUUAAACACCUGUCCAAGGAGGUGGAGGCCAUUCCUCUCGGCUCCCAGUCUCCCCCUGCCAAGCGGCCCUGCCCUGACCUGCAGCAGGAGAAACAGAAAGACAGAGUAAAGAAAAUCCGUCCCGUCCCUCAGGUGCCGUGGAACCCUGAGGUGGAUCAGUGCUGGCUCAGCCUGAUGAGUGGUGUAUCUGAAGAGUGUGAACCAGAGUGGUGUGACUCUGAGGAUCCCCUCUUCAUCCUCUACACCAGCGGCUCCACCGGGAAACCCAAGGGUGUGCUACACACGAUCAGCGGCUAUAUGCUCUACGUGGCCACCACCUUCAAACUGGUGUUUGACUACCAUCCUGACGACGUGUACUGGUGCACGGCCGACAUCGGCUGGAUCACGGGCCACUCCUACAUCACCUACGGGCCCCUGGCUAAUGGGGCCACCAGUGUCCUGUUCGAGGGUCUGCCCACCUACCCUGACGUGAGCCGCAUGUGGGAGAUAGUCGACAAGUACCAAGUCACCAAGUUCUACACGGCGCCGACAGCCAUCCGCCUCCUCAUGAAGUAUGGGAGCGAGCCCGUCCAGAAGUACAAGCGGGAUUCUCUGAAGGUGCUGGGGACGGUGGGGGAGCCCAUCAACCCGGAGGCGUGGCAGUGGUACUACAGCGUGGUGGGGGAGAAGAGGUGCCCCGUGGUCGACACCUUCUGGCAGACUGAGACCGGUGGCCACGUGUUGACUCCUCUACCUGCUGCCACGCCCAUGAAGCCUGGCUCUGCUACGUUUCCUUUCUUUGGCGUUGUCCCUGCCAUUUUGAAUGAGUCUGGGGAGGAGCUUGAGGGACCAAGCGAGGGUUACCUGGUGUUCAAACAGCCCUGGCCUGGAGUCAUGAGGACUGUGUAUGGGAACCACCAGAGGUUUGAGACCACCUACUUCGAGCAGUUCCCAGGAUACUAUGUCACUGGUGAUGGUUGCCGUAGAGAUAAGGACGGGUAUUACUGGAUCACAGGGAGGAUAGAUGACAUGUUGAAUGUCUCAGGUCACCUGCUGAGCACGGCGGAGGUGGAGUCAGCCCUGGUGGAGCACGAGGCGGUGGUUGAGGCAGCGGUAGUUAGCAGGCCGCACCCUGUCAAAGGGGAGAGUCUCUACUGCUUUGUAACGCUUACUGACGGAGUCCGCUUCAGCUACACCCUGGAGGCCGAGCUCAAGAAACAAGUGCGAGAGAAGAUUGGUGCCAUUGCCACUCCAGACUUUAUACAGAAUGCCCCAGGCCUUCCCAAGACCAGAUCAGGUAAGAUCAUGCGGCGUGUGCUACGUAAGAUCGCCCGUAACGAGCGAGACCUGGGCGACGUGUCCACGCUAGCCGACUCCUCUGUCAUCGAUCUGCUCUUCCAGAACCGCUGCUGUGGUGCAGUGUGAGAUCACAACUACAGAGGAGGCCAGAGAGCCCUGACACUCUUACCGAGGCAAAGCAGGAAGGAAGAGGAGGAUUUGCAGAAUGAGAUGUAUAAAUGUAACUGUAGAGCCUUCACUGUGGGACUCAGGCCAACACUGGGUUUAAAGAAACACAACAAAAUCCCUCUAGUUUGUCAGGAGUUCAUUUCUCCCCUCUUAUAAAAUACAGUUGAUGUACUAUUAGAUUCAAAAGUUUUUUUUAAAUUCUCCAUUUAAACUAUGUAGACUUUUGUCCAAACUCAUUGGAGUUUGACAAGGAUCGCUAUGCAUGUUUGUCUGCGCGCUUGAAAUGUUUUAAGUAGAGAUGCAUUUUUGACUCCCUGUCUGUCUUCUAGAGGUGCAGGGGGCUUGUUUGCUAGCAGAACUGAGCUGAACUCCCCUUUCCUCUGUUUAGACUGGGAUGAUUGUACUAGAAAUAAAUCCAAGGUCCCACUUUGAAGAAAUAUUACAUUACCCUUUAUAUAUGGUAUGGCUUUGCUUAUACAUUGAGUGUACUAAACAUUAAGAACACCUUCCUAAUAUUGAGUUGCACCCCCCCACCCCCUUUGCCCUCAAUUCGUCGUGGCAGAAACUCUACAAGGUGUCGCAAACGUUCCACAGGGAUGCUGGCCCAUGUUGACUCCAAUGCUUCCCACAGUUGGCUGG